GUGAUGUUGGUACUGAUUCAGUUGAUCAUGGAAGCUAAAAACAUACAUUAUAGCAAUGAAAAAACUCGUGGUUUAUUACAACAAAAAGCAAUAAAAGAACUCAAUGAGGACCCAGCAAGAUUGGAUGAACAUUUACUACAUAUACGGAAGUGGUUGGAAAAACAACCUCAUUUAUCUGUCAGAUCAGACGAUCAUACCCUGCUCACGUUUCUGCGAGGAUGCAAGUGGAGCCUUCAACGUGCUAAGGAAAAGAUCGACUACUUUUGGACAAUACACAGCUUUCUUCCGGAUCUCUAUUUAGAUAGAGAUCCCUACGAGGAAACUAUGCAACGUAUUCUUAGGAAUAGAGUGUUAUAUCCUCUGCCAAACCCUGUUAGACCCGACGGUCCUAGAAUAUUAUAUUUAAAUUUGAAGCGCAUCGACUUUGCCUCAAUGCCAUUGUUUGACCUUAUCAAGUUAUUUUUGAUGUGUGUGGAUGUAUUACUGCAGGAAGACGAAAAUUUUAUUAUUUCUGGGAUGAUUAUAAUGUAUAAUGGUGGAGACCUACCGUUAAGCUAUUUAUUGCAAUUUACACCGGAUCUCAUGAAGAAAAUUAUUAUCAGUCUUGAAAAUGCAUAUCCUAUAAGGAUUAAGGAGCUUAUUUGGAUGAAUUGUAGCUCAGCUGUGGAGAAAAUAUUUAACCAUAUUUGUAUACCUUUGAUGAGCAAGAAACUAGCAAGUCGGUUACAUCUAAUUACUGAAGAAAAUACAGAAAAUGCCUACGAAUACGUACCACUAACUUUCUUUCCCGAAGAACUUGGUGGAACGAACGGACUAUUCCCGAAAGUGGCAGAUGACUGGAAAAUGAAAAUGGAAAGCAAAAAAGAAUGGUUCCUUGAAGAAUGGAAAUACGGUGCAAAUGAAAAAUUAAGACCCUGUACAUCAAAGUUGUACAGUGAAGAGUUUGGUAUGGAAGGAACAUUUAGAAAAUUAAAUUUAGAUUAGCAGGUGACUGUUUUACAUACGUUCCAAAAUUGGAUACCUUUGGCAGGGCGCGCAAAUUUACAUGACGUGGACGGUGUUCGUGCAUUUUAUUUGUUCUAGGUACUUAUUCUAUUGAUACGGCACUGGGCACGAUAUAAGUAGGUUAUGUCGUUUACUAUUUUACAA